AUGGUCGCCUUAUCAUUUUCCCUCGCCCCCGAGGCGCUGUACCAGCUGCACGAUGCACUGACGUGCCUGGCCAAGUUCCAUGAGACUGUAGCCAUCGAGGCCGAGUUCGAUCUGCUUCGUCUGAGUGUGCUCAAUUCUACCAAAACGGCAUAUUCCGCCUUUGUUUUCGAGGCGGACACCUUCUUCGAGUCCUACUCCUUUGAUAUGCCACGAGGCAGUAGAGCAUCUGGGGCUGCCCGUCCCGAUAGAUUCUGUUUCCAACUGUACAUUAAAGCAUUGCUCUCGGUCUUCAAGGGGAGAACCAGAGACAAGGAUACCGCAGUUGAACGUUGCGAGGUUGAGUUGCAUGAGCACCGGGACCAAACUGAAUGCAGACUCGCUAUUAAGAUGAUUUGUGGACUUGGAGUCAUCAAAUCCUAUAAGCUCAAUUAUGAACCAACUACGGUUAACCAUGCUGUCUUUGACAGAACGAAAACGACAAAUCAGUGGAGCAUAGAACCUAGAUUUCUAAGAGAGAUAACAGAUCAUUUCAGCCCCUCUGCAGAGCAGUUGGAUAUCUGCUCUGAUAACGGCAAGGCUGUUUUCACUAGCUUCACUACUAAGAUUACCAAUGGGAAAGAAAUCCUCAAGAAGCCGGUACAUACAUCGGUGGCUAUCGACAAAAAGGACUUUGAAUAUUUCUUGGCAGAAGACAACCUCCACAUUGCUAUCACCUUGAAAGAUUUCAAGGCGGUAAUAGCACAUGCUGAGUCUGCACAUUCAACAAUCACAGCUCGAUACACACGCCCAACUCGACCCUUGCAGCUUGCAUACGACUUUGGGGGCGUGAAGACCGAAUUCACUCUGAUGACCACAGGGGACUCCGAUAGCGAUAUCCCAGAUUCAUCUCAUGCACCAGAAUUAUCAGCAAGGCAUACGCCUGCUCCGGCUAAUGUCAGCCGAGUGAACGUCACUUCUAAUACGAACCAUAUGCCUCCGCCCCGCGCGCGAUCCAUUCGUCCGCUCACCGGGACUCCGGGGGCUUCUGUUCGUGGCACAGGGACGACCACCGAAAGCCAGCGGCCGCCCCCUGCAUCCAUCCAGUUCGACAGCUUGUUCGUACCAGCAGAUGAUGAUAGGCAAUGGGAUGUACCGAACGACGAAGAGGAGGAAGAAGCCGAGGACAGACUCGGAUGGGAUGCAACUGGCGAUCAGCAGACGUUUGACGAGAGUCUCGCUCCCCGCUUGCGAGAUAAUGAGCCCAGUAUGCCUCCCCAAGAUACAAGUCAUGAGGAAGAUAUGGGUUUACCCCCGACGCAACGUUCAGGGUCUUGGUCUUUUCGACUGAGGGGACCGAGUUCUGCUCCAACACAUAUUGAUCGGGUGAAGGUCGUCAGCCAUGGCCCAUCAAUCAGUACCCGAAAUGGAGUUGACGGAUUCGCCUCCUCUUCCUGCGAGACCAUCCGCAGAUCACGACAUGACAACCCAGCUAGUCGCGCAACCCGCCCCAACACCAACAACAUGGGACUCCCCUUCUGUAGGAAGAGGAAUCAAACCACACUUGCCCUUCACAUUCCCCUGUUCAUCCGCAGCAGGCCCACAAUUCCCAUGCUCGCCCCAACCAAACGCCACAACCAUCCCAUCACCAAGCAAAGCAAGAGCAUGCUCGCUUCCCACUGCCAACUCUCUCACAACCGGCAAAUCCGCCGGCGGAAGCUGACCACGGUCAUUGCGCCCCCAAGCCAAAACACCCUCAUCCCGCUGUACAUAAACACCAUGCCAGCUAGCCCAAAUACCACGAUACGCCCCCAAGGCAGGAGGAGCACCAGACAAGACAUUCCACCUAUUAUCCGCGGACCCCAAAAUCACAAACUCCCCCUUGCUCCUAUCACCCGUAACAACAGUAAACUCGCGCCCACAAACAGCACCCGUCGCUCGAAACGGCACCCCCUCAACCUUGACCGGCUCCCAAACAAUCUUCUGCCCCUUCGCCGCCUCCCCUAG